AUGCGCCAAGCAGUACACCCGAUGGAAACGAGCGGAGAUGGCGAGAUACGACACAAGUUACAUUUGGAAGAUGAUGACUGGCAGGAUGCGGCAAACUCAUUUCGGGGGCCAUCUCUAGUGAUGAUGAACGGCACUUUAGACAGUAGCGCGCAUGAGUUAGAAGAAGACGAGCUUGAAGGCACAGCAGCAGGCCUAGCAUCGCCCAAAUUUGGCGGCGGCAACAGCUCGAACGUCAUUAAAACCGGUCGAUUGCUCACGUUCGCGGACGAGACUGGAGGCUCGCUAGUGGAGAUGACAUAUUCCAACCGAACACAUUACAGCAAGCAGGCCGGUCCUGGCGCGGUACAAGGUGUCACGAAAGGUGGCUGUUGCGUAGUUCAAUGA